AUGUCGACCGCAUCUAUGUCGCAGCCGGCACCUCUAAUCGAAACCAACAAAUGCGGCCCGUUCACGGGGAAAAGUCCAGAAACAUCGGUGAUUUGGGAUCGCUUUGUCGAAGAGUACCUAAUAAAUCGUGCUACAAAUGAGCUGGAACCAGAGUUGCGCAUUGGCUCUAAUCACAUCCGUCUUUGCGGUCUUAGGAGAUGGAAGGCCGGCAAAGAGGAGCCCAAAGGGUCCGCAAUGAACAUCGAACAUUUCCUUCACCUUCGCGCUCUUGUCCAGAACCAUGUCAAGGAACCACUUCCGAUCCAAGAGCUGGUUGAUCUGAAGUACCUCCAUGCUGCUGAGGAGUUUUUGAAGGAAUGGCCGGAAUUUGAAAACUACAUUGACCAAGUUCCCAUCAUUGACCCAGCGGUGGAUGUUGACAGCCUCGGACUAUUCGCUGGGGCGAAGACGAUGCAGAAUCAAGUACUGCUCGAUGCUUACCUGAACGUUGCCCAAGAUGACGCAGACUCAUUCGACGAAUCUGUAUCGGAGACACCUUUAAAGAAGGGGCGCUAUAAUACGAAUUUCUACGGAAAACCACCAGACAACGACGCCGCCGACGAGCAAAUCGUCAAUGAAUCCCUGAUUUCCUAUGCCUCCGCACUCACACGAAGGUGGAUGAUCGAGAAGACCGCAGCCUCGCCCUCUGGCGCCGACCAGACCCCAUCCAAGGGCGCCAUACCAACACACGAUUGGAUAACAAUAGCAGACUGGACAAUGUCGCGGGACAGGUUUUACAUCCAGGAACGCGUAAGAGACAACGACGCCACACAAGAUAGUCACAUGGCGGGCUUGAAACCAACCGCGAGGAAUGUGGGCGACGGACACUCGUACGGUCGGAUCCUGACCAGCGAGACAGACGGGUCGUUAUACCGCGUAGGUCCAAACUCAACAGAGACCCUUGCAAUCGUGGAGUGCAAGAAACGCUUGAGAACGAAGAAUAUGGUCAAGAUCGAAUGGCAGGAAGCGGCGGAAGUCGUAGCCUGGUUGAACCUACGGCUUCGCACGGAGUCUGAGGACCGCAACCUGCAGGGUGGAGGAAGUUUGUCACCUAGGAGAGGAGUCCUGAAGCCGAAGCCAGCUUACAAAAGCUCCGCAGAAAAGUCCCGUUGUCUGCUCCUUGCUCAGGACCGGGAAGAGAUACACAUUAUCAUCGGAGAGUGGGAUGCAAUGUACGAGGAAUACAUCAUUGAAGGUAAACUCUCAAAGACCAACAUCGACAAGCUUGAUCAGUUGAGAGCCGCAAAGGAUCCGGCGCCAAGCGUCGUGCUCUCCUUUUUCUCGAAGGAACUCUCCUCCCGGCUCCAUACAGCUUCCCCCUCAGCGAGGCGAGCCGUGCUGCCCCGGGUGCACCUGUGGCUGCAACUGCGGGCCUCCCCUAGGAGUUCCGGGCACCUCCGAAUCUCCGCCGGGGCCUCCAAAGCCGCCGUCGGAGACAUCGGGGACACGCAGGGGCCGGCAGCAGAGCCCCCACGAGGGAUCAGUACCAAGGGAGGCGAGCAACAAGACGCCGUCAAUCUCUACCAGAAGCUCUUCCUCUUCGGGAAGACCGGAUCCGACGCCGAGUAG